AUGUCCAACAAUCUCUUCCCUCAGCUAUGCGUUAAUGUCCCUCCUCCGGAGAUGAUUUCUAAUCCGGAAGUGAGAUUGUUCUCACAACCAAUCUGUAACUAUCAAGAACCUCCUGCAAUGCAAGUAGGAACUCAGAUCUCUGUGAGUCAUGAUCAAAACGUAAUGAUGCAGUCAUCAUUUGUUCGUAGUGGUGCUACUGUAGGAUCUGGUUACAUGGAUACGACUCAGUUACUUGGUAAACGGAAAUCGCCGGUGCAGCCUAUCUUCAACGGCACUGCUUCUCCUCAAUUGCUGUCUGCACAAAACAAACGGAUGUUACCUACGGUGAAUAAAGGCCCCGUGAUGCCGGUGCAAUCAUCUUCUGUUUCCCCUAGAACACAGUAUUUGCCUGCAUCAUUCGUUAAGAAUGCUUCUGUUUCUUGCAACAAACCGGGGAAGCAAACUGCGGCGAGGGUUAAAGCUUCGCAGAAGCCGCUCCCGUCGAAGCAUCAGAACGAAUCAUCGGAGUCUGUGAGGUCUAAAAUGAGAGAGUCGUUAGCAGGUGCACUUGCAAUGGUACAGUGCCAAAUGGAGUCGAAAAGUUUACACAUUGAGACUGGAGCUAAACCGCUUGAAGCUCAUGUUAGUGAGCCAGUGUCCGCUGCUUCUGAUGGAAGCACUGCAAUGCUAUCACUCGGUGAUCUAAGUCCUGCGGGAGUUGGCUCUUUUCAGACAGUUUUGCCGGAGAUUUUGACAAGUGGUGCUGAAGAAAUUACUGGGGAAGGACCUGAGGCUGUGAAGCCUUUUCCGCAAGAUAAUGUUUCGUAUAGUGACAAUCUGUUUUCAAAAGAUGAUGAUCUUCUGCAAGGGAAUGACCUCUCUUGGGCUCUUGAGUCGGAUUUAGAGUUUACAGAAACUUGUGGAGAUGAAAUGAUUGGAGAAUUGAGUAAUGAUGAUGGAAGCCAGGAGAAAUUGUUACUGGAUCCGCAAGUUUUGGCGUUUAAUAUAGAGGCAGAGCUCUUUAAGCUACUUGGUGGAGUGAACAAGAAGUAUAAAGAGAAAGGAAGAUCUCUCUUGUUCAACUUGAAAGACAAAAAUAAUCCUAAACUCAGGGAAAAGGUUAUGUAUGGAGAGAUUUUAGCAGAGCGAUUGUGUUCCAUGUCAGCAGAGGAGCUUGCUUCAAAGGAAUUGGCAGAGUGGAGACAGGCGAAAGCCGAAGAGAUGGCUCAAAUGGUUGUUCUGCAGGAUACAGAGGUAGAUAUCAGAAGCUUGGUGAGGAAAACACACAAAGGAGAGUUCCAAGUGGAAGUUGAACCAAUGGAUAGUGGCUCAGUGGACAUCUCUGUUGGAAUGAGUUCGCGUAGCUGGUCUCGACCAAAGAACACUAAGAAGAAAACCGCUUCCAUCACUAAAGCACUUGGAAUUACGAAUGAUACUAAUGGUUCUAAUGAGUGCACUGGCGCAAGUAACGGAGUCACAGUAGACGAUGAGAUGCAGGCUGCCACUGGAUCUCUACCUCCAAUUGUUUCUCUUGAUGAAUUCAUGUUAUGCAUAGACUCAGAAUCUCCAUCUGACUCUUUGUCUACAGAUACUGGAAAAAGUAAUGAUGCGGAGGCAGUUCUAACUUUGACACCACCCAAGGAAAGUGUUAAUAUUGAUCUUGGUGCAUCACCAGUUAAGGCUGAGGAUGGUGACUUAGUAUCGUCAAAGCCUUAUUCUGAUUCGAAAUCUGAACUCACUCCUGUUUCCAUUCCUGUGGGUGAACGAGUAUGGGAAGGCGUACUCCAGUUUAGUGUUUCUUCUGCGAGCUCUGUCAUCGGCAUUCUGAAAAGUGGCGAGAAGACUACUACUAAAGAGUGGCCUAUGUUGCUUGAGAUCAAGGGUAGAGUCAGAUUAGAUGCAUUUGAGAAGUUCGUUCGAGAGCUCCCAAACUCUAGGAGCCGUGCUGUAAUGGUUUUGUGUUUCGUCUGCAGAGAAGAGUGCUCCAAGACAGAACGAGAAAACAUUUCCGAGGUGGUGGAUUCGUAUGCUAAAGAUGAGAGGGUCGGAUUCGCCGAACCGGCUUCAGGAGUGGAGCUUUACCUUUGCCCGGCCCGAGGCAGAACCGUCGAGAUUCUAAACAAGAUUGUCCCAAGAAACCAACUUGAUUUCUUGAAAUCUUUAGAUGAUGAUGGUCUUAUAGGUGUUGUUGUAUGGAGAAGACCACAAUAUAAAAAACCAUCACUAGCAUCAUCUAACUCUCACAAGAACCACCAUGAAAAGGGUUCUUCAUUAACCACAAUUAAUACGUCUCGUUACAGAAACAUGCUGCCACAGGUCAACAACCGCCAUGACGAUGGUGGUGGUGACGUGCCGCCGGGGUUUGGUCCAAUGGCCAUGGCUCGGAAUGAUGAUGAUGAGGAUGACGACGACUUGCCUGAAUUUAACUAUUUUUCUCGUGGAGAUGUUGUCAUGAACCGGGCGAGACGGUCUGAUUCUGUAAGAGAGCUUAUUCAUAAAUAUGGAAAAUCUGAACCAAUGUGGAACCACCAAGGUUUUAAUGAUGAUGAAAAUGACAUAUUACCAGAGUGGCAGCAGCCUCAACCAAACCCAAAUCUUGGAGUUAAUUAUGUAAAUGGUGGCUCGAUGGUUAGACCACGUAGCGAGUGGUGGCCUCAUGGUCAGGGUGGAGGAUUUUAG